GCAGGUUUACAAAAAAGAAAAACUCAAGUCUAUCCAACCUGGAACCUGUUUAAAGACCCCCUGGAUUACUCAUACCUCUGGUUUGGAUUAGACUACCUGCUGCACAAUGUUCAAUAUUUCAUUUGAACAUUUAGAGAAAUGUUACCUUGAACUACCAUCAAAUUGGCUUUACAAGUCAUUUCAACUUACUAAUGGUGAGAUGUAACCUAUACAAAUAAAUCGUUGAAAUUGUCCACUUAGUUGAAAAAAUGGUAAAACAUUUAAAAGUAAAACAGUGAGUUGAAAGGACUUGUAAAGCCACUUUGAUCGAACCUAAAACACUGGACUACUGGACAUCAUAAUGGUAAACAUCUCAAGCAAGUUGAACAACCAUUCCAGUUCCGGACCGAAUGAUGUUGAGCGAGUGUUGGUGCCCAUAUUUGACACCUUCAUCCUUGUGAUCGGGUUGGUGGGACACAUCCUGGUUCUCGUCAUCAUCUCUCGUACCAUGCGCCAAGGACGCAGACCGCCCAAUGCAGUCCAGAUGGGAGGAGUAAAAGAAAGGCACGGAAAUGGAACAGAUGUUCUUCUUCUGUCAUUAAGUGUGGCUGACCUUCUUCUUCUCUCCUGCCUUCCCUAUCACACGGUUGCCAUCGCGACCUGUCACUGGCCCUUUGGCAGCUUCAUGUGUAAAUCUGUGAGCUUCCUGGGUGCCAUGUGUACCUCUGCGAGCGCCUUUACCUUGUCUGCUUUGGCGUUCGGGCGGUACAUCAUAGUGGUCCAUCCGUCAAAAGCGUAUCGAUGGCGCAGAGAAGGCCGCUUGAAAAUAAUCGCGGGUGUUUUGUGGAUACCUGCUAUUGUUCUGGCAGCGCCUCAGUUUGCUUGGCGAACACUGAUUUCGCCUGACGUUCAUCAAACCCGGGAGGACAUGGCGUGCUUUAAUUUCCUAUCCGACAAAGGCCAAUUGGCAUAUGGAGUGUGUCAUUUCUUGCUGGCUUUUGCUUUUCCGCUUGGUAUCAUUGUAAUAGCAUAUACGAAGAUCUACUGUUUCCUCCAAAACACCAGACAGGGCCGAACGAGCCGGACUGACCGCUUGGAACAGUAUCAUGUCAAGGUAACCCAAACGUCGGCUUUGUUAGUGCUGGCGUUUGCAUUGUGCUGGCUGCCUUCGUACGGUUUGAUGUUUGCUCAGAUAAGUCAGGGUGAUGCUGUGGUUGGUCCUGUACCUCGCUUUGGACCUUUUGCUACCUUCGCUCGAAUCAUGGCAACCUCAUCAACUGUGGUUAAUCCCAUUCUGUAUGUUUUUAUGUCGGCCAAAUUCAGAAAGGAACUAAUAAAUCUGGGUCAAGAACGCUGUGGAAAUAGAGAUCUGUAAACGCGAUGUUUUGAGAGAUGAAACUGACUGAUGCGGAGACAUCACGUCUUCCAUAAUAUAAGUUGUUUACACACCUGAAUGUACUGUAUUGCAUACAGAAAGUUCAAAACCCCCAAAUUAAAAUUCUUUGCUCAUUCACCAAA